GCCUACCAAGAAAUUGCUGGUAAUAUUUAUGACAAAAUCUGUGUACUGUAUAGUAGAACAAAAAACUAUAAGGUAAGCUGGGGUAGGCGGAGUAAUAGAGGUGAAGAAGAAGAAAGAAAGAAAAAUUCUCCCUUUUUUUUCUUGCAGAAAAAGGGGUUGUAUAUUCUUUAAAUUGAAAAAGAAUUUAAAGAAUUUUUUAAAUAAUUAAAGUGAAAAAAGGGAAAUUCUUCAACUCCAUUAGGUGGAGGAGGAAGAAGAAGAAGAGAUGGGAAUAUUGUAUGAUGAUGUAGUGUUAUUGAAUCAUUCAGAAAGAGAAGGUGAACCAAGUGUGAUGACUGUUAAUUGUCCUGAUAAGACUGGUUUAGGUUCUGAUCUUUGUAGAAUUAUUCUCUUCUUUGGAGUUACUAUUGUCAGAGUUGAUGUAUCGACAGACGGAAUAUGGUGCUACAUAGUGUUUUGGGUAGUGGGAAGGCCAGACACAAGGUGGAAUCUGUUAAAGAAUAGACUUAUGGCAGCUUGUCCGUCUUGUUCGUCUGCCUCAGGCAUAUCAUAUUAUCGUGCUGAGUUGUCUCCAAGGCCUCCUGAUGUAUUCCUUUUGACGUUCUGUUGCUACGAUCGAAGAGGCCUUUUGCACGAUGUGACUGCGGUACUUUCCGAGCUUGAGCUUACAAUAAAGAAGGUGAAAGUAUCCACUACUCCCGAUGGAAAAGUGAUGGACCUGUUCUUCAUCACUGAUACAAGAGAACUUCUACAUACAAGGAAGAGACAAGAAGACACACGUCAUCUGUUAAAAUCUGUUCUCGGUGACGCCAUGAUUAGUUGCGACAUAGAAAUGGUCGGGUCUGAAAUCACCGGGUGCUCUCAAGGACCAUCAUUCCUUCCUCAAGAAAUUGCCGAAGACAUGUUUAGCUACGAGAUACUUCAUGAGCAAUUGAGUACUUCUCUUGCCUGCAACAAAGCGUCUAUCACCGUCGAUAAUUUGAUGAGCCGUGGUCAUACUCUGUUCAAGAUUGUUUGUCAAGAUCACAAAGGUCUUCUGUAUGACAUAAUGAGGACACUGAAAGACUAUAAUAUUCAGAUAUCAUACGGGCGGUUCACGGCGAAACCUAAAACAGAUUGUGAGCUUGAGUUGUUCAUAAUGCAAGCUGAUGGCAAGAAAAUAGUUGACUCUAGCAAGCUGGAUGGUGUGUGCUCGCGUCUUCAGAUGGAACUCUGUCGCCCUCUCAGAGUGUCGUUGACGAACCGAGGUCCUGAUGCAGAAUUACUGGUUGCAAACCCUGUAGAGUUAUCUGGCAAGGGUCGACCAAAUGUCUUUUAUGACAUUACACUGGCUCUCAAGAUGCUCAAUAUCGGCAUCUUUUCGGCUGAAAUAGGGAGAUAUCAGAUUGGUGAUCGAGAAUGGGAAAUUUAUCGUGUCUUACUGGACGAAGGGAAUGGCUCGGGUUCCCCGAGGAACAAGAUUGUCGAAGCUGUUUGGAAGAUGUUGAUGGGAUGGGAGUAACAAACUAGUUGAUGUACAGUUCCUUUGCUAAAAGGCUCAUUUGACUCAUAUAUGCAUUAUACUUCGACUAGUGUUACCGCCGUAUGUACAGUUAUUAAUGUAGAGGUAAAAAUGCUAGGUUCUGUCUUGUUACAAUGCAAGAUUUUUGCAAGAUUAAUCUUGUAAGAAUCAUUGUAAGAAUGUUAAGAAGUUAGACUUUCUAGUUUAGUGUUUAUUAGAAGCUGUAUGUACAGGAUGUAGAAACCAUAAGAUGAUGUAUUUUACUUGCAUUUGUAAGUUUUUUCA